UAUCUAGCAGAGACCUAUUAAACAAAUUGGUGUUCAGAGUUCAACUCUGUUGGUAGAAAGUGGGGGAAGAAAGAGCUUAAGUAUGACUCGCUGAUGGUCAAGAAUUCUCGGGACAUGAUGCACCAAUAUUUUUCAGCAAGUCAUGAAUUGUGACUACAAGUCAAAUUUCAGUGUGGGUGGAGUGAUGAAUUGCAGGAUGCCUUUGAGUGUCUCCCCUUCAAAAGGAGAGAGUGUGUGCACCUGAGGAGACUUCGGGGGCAGAAGCCACAAGAGUUGGAAACUAUUCUUAGCUCAGCCUUGGACUUGGAGUUCAUUCCCUUCCGUCCUUCAGUUUAGACCUCCGACUAUUCUCAGAAAAACUCUGGUGAACCUUGGGGACAAGUGGAAGCAGUAAGACCUUGAAACUCUAUCCUGCUGUAAAUCUCAAGGGAUAACAUCAACCUCCUAGGGGAGACCUUCACCAUCAUAUGUCACGGAUUCACCUUGAGUAAUCUCAACAAUCAGUUACCAGCACUUGCUCUGGAUUGAUAAGCUGAGAAUGAGACUUUGGGUUGUGGCACUUUUAACAAUUCUCGUACAUUCCACAGCAGCUAAGUUUAGCAAAUCAUCCUGGGGCCUGGAAAAUGAGGCUUUAAUUGUGAGAUGUCCUAGGCAAGGAAAGUCUCGAUACCCUGUGGAUUGGUAUUACUCAAAAACCAACAAAAGUAUAACCACCCAGAAAAGAAAUCGUGUAUUGGCCUCGGGGGAACGUCUUAAGCUUCUCCCGGCCAAAGUCAAUGAUUCUGGAAUUUAUACUUGCAUUAUCAGAAGUCCUACCUUCAAUAAGAUUGGAUAUGUAAACGUCACCAUAUAUAAAAAAAAACCAGAAUGCAAUAUUCCAGAUCAUCUGAUAUAUUCAACAACAUCUGGAUCAGAAAAAAAUUCCAAAAUAUAUUGUCCUACAAUUGACCUCUACAACUGGACAACACCUGUUGAGUGGUUUAAGAAUUGUAAAGCUCUUCACGGGCCAAGGUAUCACAUACACAAGACCUUUGUGCUGAUUGACAAUGCGACUAGCAAGGACACAGGUGAUUAUACAUGCAAAUUUAUGCACAAUGAAAAUGGACUCAGUUACAGCGUGACGGCAACCAGAUCAUUCGUCAUGAAAGAGGAGGAAAGCUUUUCUUGGUUUCCAGUAAUUAUAGCCCCUCCGCAAAAUGAAACAAAAGAAGUGGAAAUUGGAAAACGAGCAAACAUACUUUGCUCUGCUUGUUUUGGGAAAGGCUCUCGGUUCAUGGCUGGCGUCCGGUGGAAGGUGAAUGGAACCACAGUUAAGAACUUUGGUGAAGCAAGAAUUCAAGAGGAACAGGAGCAAAAUCAAAGCAAUGAGCUGACUUGUCAGAACACCAUUUUAAGAAUAGAUGAUGUGAGAGAGGAGGAUUUGUUGCUGCAGUAUGAAUGUCUGGCUCAGAGUUUGCAUGGUUCGAUACGGCACACCGUAAGACUAAAGAGGAGAAGUCCAAAUGACCAGCAGAGCACCUACUACAUACUGGCGGGAUUUAGCACCUUGUUAAUGCUAAUCAAUGUCAUGGUGAUAACGCUGAAAGUGUUCUGGAUUGAGGUUAUUCUGCUCUGGAGAGAAAUAGCUAGAUCUUACAAAACUAGGAAUGAUGGAAAGGUCUACGAUGCUUAUGUAAUCUAUCCACGGAACUAUAAAAAUAAUCCCGAGAGGGCCAAUGCCGUGGGGCACUUUGUUCACCAGAUUCUGCCUGAUGUUCUUGAAAAUAAAUGUGGUUAUAACUUAUGCAUUUAUGGGAGAGAUCUGCUACCUGGAGAAGAUGCAGCCGCUGCAGUGGAAAGCAACAUACGAAAGAGUCGGCGGCAGAUUUUUAUCCUGACUCCUGAGAUGGAGCAAAGCAGGGAGUUUGCCUACGAGCAGGAGAUUGCCUUGCACAGCGCCCUCAUCCAGAAUGACUCCAAGGUGAUUCUUAUAGAAUUGGAGGCUCUGAGCAAACCCGGUGGACUGCAGUUUGGGGAGCUGCAAGAUUCCCUCAAGCAUCUCAUGGAAGUGCAAGGUACCAUCAAGUGGAGGGAAGACCACGUGGCCAACAAACGGUCCCCGAAUUCCAAAUUCUGGAAGCACGUGAGGUACCACAUGCCUGUGCCAUACAAACCGCCAGAGAAGAUACCCAGUUUGGCUUCCCUGAGUGCCCAGGGGCAGUAAGGUUUGCUUUGAUGUGCUGAUAAUGCACCUGAUUUCCAUUGACCUGAACUCUUCCUUGCUGGAUGACGCCACUGGACAGGACACCAGAGCAGAGCCACGAGGAGUGGGGAUGUUAAGAGUGUGCAGGCCUCCAGUUUCAUCUAGCAACUUUACUUCCAUUUUCCUGAUUCUGGGGGGAUGCAAAAUGCCCAGAAAUUUUUAUCCUCCAUCCCCCUCUCUUCACCCCACUUUUCCUUCCUUUUCCUCUUUUGCUGGUUUUUCUCCAUGUGGCCUAGGAUCUUUCAUUAUGCUUUUUUCCCCCUCUUUCUCUCUCUUUCCUGUUCUCCUGCUCUUGAUUCCUUGUCAAUAUUCUACAUGUGGAACUUUGGAACUUCAAACUGGAAGUGUUAGAGCUAAAUUUUCAUGUAACCUUGAAGAACACUCAGAUUCCCACAAGCAGAAUAUUAGCAGUGCAUCUCGUUCCCAACAGACCAGAAUUUAUUACAUUUUAUUUGACUGGAUGCUAGGUUUUAUCAUCCCAAUGUUGUCGAUGUUAUUGGAGGGACUUAUCCGGUUACCAUUAUGAUCAAGUUUUUGCGGUUCUAAAAUUUCUUACAGAGAUGUUCAUUCUCUUUAGAAAUAUGUUUUUUCUCACUCUAAAAGUUACGGAAGAACAGAAAAUAUGAAAGAAGAAAACAGCAAAAAUUAUCCAUAAAUCCAUCAUCCUAAGAUAAUGAGUUUUAAACGUUGUGGUAAAUUUAGUAUUUGAAAAAAAAUUGAAUUUGUGCUGCAACAUACCGUUUAUGUAGCUGAGCUCCCACAGCAUGUAGUUUUACAUAUUUUUCUAUUUUAUAUCAUGGUAAAAACAUUUGAUGUGUCACUUAAAUUUUAACAUUUUAAAUAUUCAUAGAAUUCUAUUUCAUGGUUGUGCCACAGCUGAUGUGCCUCAUUAGUUAUCAUUGUAUAUCUGAGCUGUGUUGAAUUUAAACGGCCCUCAUUAUAAGUAAUUCUUCAGUGACCAUGUCAGUAUAUCUUAGAUUUCCCAAUUAUAAGUUGUUGUUGUUUUUUUAAUUUGAGGAACUGGUUUGUUGUGACAUUUCUAUGAAAUCAGUAGGGCAUUUUGGCAGAACCAUUUGGCAAAAGUGAAGGUUAAGGUGCACGGUCAAGGCCACUCCCAUUAAUUCCCUAAAGGAGUUCAAAUGUCCUCAAGGGGCACAGAGUCCCACUGUGGAUCCAGAACUCAGCAGUGUCUUCUCGGCCUGGGAGUCCUGUCAAGAGUUCAGAUUUUACAAGUGGAUGGAGAUCCUACCCUCAGCUGAGCUGCUUCAAAAAGUGUAUGAUUUGGGUUUGGUUUUUUUAUUUUAUUUUAUUUUAUUUAUUUAUUUGACAGAGAGAGGGAGAGCAAGAACAAGCAGGGGGAAUGGCAGAGGGAGAAGGAGAGGGAGAAGCAGGCUCCCCACUGAGCAGGGAGCCAGACAUGGGACCUCCAUCCCAGGACCCUGGGAUCAUGACCUGAGCCAAAGGCAGACGCUUAACCUACUGAGCCACCCAGGCGCCCCUAUGAUUUGGGAUUUAACUGCAAAAGAAAACUACAUGCCAGACCCUUGACGAGGAGUGUAAUUUUGAACUGUCAUUCAAUGCCUGAAAAGAAAUUUCUGUAAGGUUGCCUAAAGAAUCUGUAGUUACCCAUCCCUCUAUAUACGGUAUAAUCUAAAUCUAUACUCCCCGGAUUAAGGUUGCCAGAUAAAAUACAAGACAUCAGUUGAAUUCAAAGAAUGAAAUUUCAUCUGAAAUUGAUCUGAAAUUCAAAUUUAACUGGGACUCUUGUAUUUUUAUUUGCUAAAUCUGGUUCCCCUACACUGGUUGGUUAUUGUGCUUUUAUAUGUUGAUAUUUGAUUUUAUUGAACUACUAAAACAAUUAACCUGUGGGAAGGAUGCCCUCUAGUUGAUUAGUUAACAUCACAUAAUUUGGAAUCAACAAGCCAUCCUCUGCUAUCAACCAGCUGUGUGACUGUGAGUAAUACCAUCAGGAAGAGAUGUGCCUUUAAUCCUGCUUCCCCACCCACCAAGACUUACAGACCUGUUUUUGAUCUGUGGACAUAGAGAAUUUUGGAACUGAUUUUAUUUUCCUCUUUACUUUAGCUACUUGAACGCAUAGAGCCAAAAUUGGGCUCUUUCUCCAGCAAGUAUGUAGGCUAUAACAAGGAAGUUCUAAUAAUCUCUUUCCUGUUUUUGACGUAUUUUAUUUUUAACUAUAUUUUAACUGUCUAUAUUGUAAGCUGCUUUGCAAAUAUUUAGCGCUUGCAUUUUUUGAACAUGAGCUGAAUAUCUCUUUGAGAGGGGCAGGGAAAGGAAGGGCGGUGGAGGGGUACACAGGGGAAUCAGGCACACUCCUUAUUGACCUUAUGGGGUUUGAAUCCACUGAGGAAACCCAGAGGGAUGAGGGAAACACUUCACAGAACCCAGACAGAGCUGGCCCCAGGGCAAACUCGCACAUUGCUGAGCUCACUUCUCCAGGACUUCUUUUCCCAAACCUACACAUCACCUCCCAAGUCACCUGAGCUACAGUUUCUGCAACUAAAACAUGGGAGGAUGGAGGAGAAGAGCUCUGAGGGCUUUCUCAGCUCCAGGAGGCUGAUUCCAAGUGCCUGCUCACAGAGAGGCUGCAGAACCUCCAGAAGUCUGGCUUCUCUGGCACCACAGACCUCUCCCGGUUUCUUCAUCUGUGCGGCGAGAGUAACAGAUGCUUCGCCUACCACACAAGGUAGUGUGAAUAAAAUGAACUCAGCCAAAACCAAUGGGGUACCUACCGUAGGACCCUGGUAAAAAUUCUGGUGAAUUAUAAAAACACAAGGAAUUGCCCUUACUCGAGUCAGAUUUGCCUACGAUAAAAUGUAGAUCCUAAGUUUGAUGAGUCUUGACAAUUACAUAUACCCGUGUAGUUGCCAUCCCAAACAAGGUAGAAAUAUUUCCACCAGGGGAGCCUGGGUGGCUCAGUCAGUUAAGCAUCUUAGUCUUCAUUUUGGCUCAGGUCAUGACCUCCUAGGUCAUGAGCUCGAGCCCCAACGU